CACAUCUUUAUUAAAAUCAAAUAUAUAAAUAAUGUCAAGGACUUCUAGUUCAAAAUCAACUGCAACAGGGAGAACAUAAGCAUAGGCUCCCACUAACACUCAACAAACAAGAGCUCCUCCAUAAAUGAUUCAAAAUAUGGCCAGAGUAACAGAUCCUAAACAUGUGCCUAAGGAAAUUAGAGACUAAUUCUUAAAGAAAAUUCAUUUUUGCUCAUAGCCUUAUGAUUUUAAUGAUGACACCAAAAAUGUUAAAGAAAAAUAGGAACGUUCAUAAUACUUAUAGGAAUUAUUUGAUUUACUUAAGGAACCUAAUUUUGUGGCUAAUUUGGUUGUCCCUCAUUUAGAUUUGAUUAUAGAAAUGAUUGAAAAGAAUAUUUUUAGACCUUUACCAAUUUUAAAGAAAACAGCAACUAAUGGAGAAAUUGGUAUGGAAGAUGAUGAUCAACUCAUUGACCCAGCCUGGACUCAUUUACAGCCUGUUUAUGAGUAUUUCUUGCAAUUAAUUGUUAAUGAACAACCUGAUGUAAAAUCACUUAAAAUUUUCAUUACACAUUCCUUUAUUUAAGAAUUCCUUGAAUUAUUUGAUUCAGAAGAACCUCGAGAAAGGGAAUACUUGAAGAAUAUUUUGCAUAGACUCUAUGCAAAAUUAGUACCAAGAAGAAAAAUGAUUAGAAAGGCAAUAAAUGAUUGCUUCUACACUUUGAUCCAUGAAACCUACAAAUUUAACGGUGCCGCAGAACUCUUAGAUAUCUUGGCAAGCAUCAUCAGUGGAUUUGCAGUUCCUUUAAGAGAAGAACAUAUAAUAUUCUUCAAGACUGUCAUCAUUCCUCUACAUAAGGUUUAAACCUGCCAGUUCUAUCAUGAACAAUUAUUAAGAUGCUCAAUGCUCUUUUUAUCCAAAGACCCAACCUUAGCAACAUUCUUAGUAGAAGGUCUGCUUAGGUAUUGGCCAUUUGCUAAUUCAGCCAAAGAAGUGAUGUUUCUCAAUGAACUUUUAGAAGUAUUGGAGGUCUGUGAAAUUUCCAAAUUGGAGCCUUUGAUCCCUAAACUAUUUAAAAGGUUAAUUAAAUGUAUUGCUGGACCACACUUGUAAGUGGCUGACAGAGCCAUGUGCUUCUUUGAAAAUGAUUACUUCCUCACCAUUCUAAAGAGUUAUAAGCCAUUCACAUUCCCCCUAUUAGUUCCAGUCAUUGCUCAAAUAGCUGACACUCAUUGGCAUAAGGUAUUACAAGAAUCUUUGAAUGCUUUAAAAACAAUUCUAAAGGAAAUUGAUUACCAAGCAUUUGAUAAGGCUUUGAAUAACAAGGAUCCAAAAUAUUUGUAUAUAAUCUAAGAUGCCAAGAAUCAAAAGAAAGACAGGUUAAAAAUAGAUGAGAAAUGGAAAAACCUAACCAAAUAAGCAUUACAAAAGAAUCCAAACCUCAAAGAGCCAGUUGUUCCAUACUCAGAUACCCACAUUGUUGGAGAGCAUAAUGGUCUAAAUAAUGGAAAUAUCACCAUAUUAUGA